GAGAGCGAGCGCACUCUCUCUCUAGCUCUUCUCUGUGCAAGCCCGCGGCCGCCUGCUGUUCUGGUCGAGAAAGACCCGUUCGCGCGGUGGCUCCUAGCAACACUCGACGAGACUACUGUUGUGACUCACACUUGGGGCUUCCGUUCGGCGCACCUCCUUCACUACGACGCAGACCAUUCACGAGUCUCGCUUUCUUGACUCACAGCUGCUGCUCUGCCCUGCCCUGCCCUGCCAACGGCAUUCUAUCUUGGCUUUUCCCCUGCCACUGUCUCUUUUGCCCCUCAGCGCGGCUUCACCCUUAGCUGCGACGCCCCCUGGUGCAUUUCGGUGAUCUACUAGUCCCUCUGCUCCUCUCCAACGCGACGACGAAUCUUCGAUCUCCUCAAGAGGACCCCUCUCGCCUGCGCACGUCUCGUGUAAAGCAUAAGCUGCAGAUCACAACCUCUCACAGGCAAGCCCAUCGUGUCGAGAUCCAUUGCAAUGUCGCUCCCCGCAGGUCACGGCCUGCCGCCGUACCUAGCGGCUGCGCACGGCUAUCCUGGCACGCCACAGCAUGGAGCAGCUUCCAUGCUUCAUCAUCACGGCACCCCACACUCUUCGUCUGGCUACGUGCACCACCCAGCUGCUCAGCCUCAGCCUCAUCACCACCACCACCACCAUCAAUCUCACGGCAUACAACACUCGCACGCUCACGAGUACGGCGGCAGUGGACACGUCGUCGGGAUGGCUCAUGGUCAGCACCCCGGUCAGAUGCAGCCGCAUCAGCGAAUCCCUUCGCAUUCUCAGAUGGCGCCUCCCUCAGCCAUCCCACCUUCCUACGCCGCUCCCAUGAACGCUGGCUAUGCAGCAUCGCUGGAAUCGCGAUCGUCACAUCAGGCACAGCAGUCUGUCCCUUACAAUGGCUACACCCCCAACGGCUCAUCCUCUGCCAUGCCGUCGCACUCGCAGUACGCUCACCAUUCUCCCUACACUUCACCCGUCAUAGCGAACGUCUCCAACGCGAUGCCCGCAUACGUCACCGAGGGACCGAUCCAGCAAAGUCCGCACACAUCCUUUGCCCAGAUGCGUUCGCAGAGCUUUGCGAGUGGAUCGGGGCAGCAGGGACCUGUGCUCGAACGAAGACCGUCGGAGCCCGUCACGAGGCGCAAGCGCAAGUCACCCGACAGCAGCAGUCCGACUGGCCUGGAGGAUGAGUUCAAAAUCGACGGGAAGAGCAUCGAUGCAGCUGGCGGCAAUGUGACAAUGUUUCAAUGUCGCGGCUUUGGGGAUUGCAAGAUGGUCUUCACGCGCAGCGAGCACUUGGCUCGCCAUGUCAGGAAACACACUGGCGAGCGACCGUUUCGCUGCCACUGCGGCAAAGCCUUUUCCCGAUUGGAUAAUUUGCGGCAGCACGCUCACACUGUGCAUGCCGACGAGGCGGAGCGCAACGAAACCAUGAUGGCCGAGCUGACAGGCUUGCACACCACGCUGGCAGCAUCUGCUGCGCAAGCUCAGCAUGCGCGGGCACAGGUGCUAGGUAAGGCAAACACACUCACUGGCGGACAGACAGCCAGCGCUACGAAUCGCCGCAAGUCCACUGGUGGACGUCUCAAACAAGAGCCAAGAAGCGACUCGCGCCGCGGGUCUUGGGUAGAAGCGCUCUCGCCAGAGAUGAAUGCUUACGUAUCACCUCAGCAAGCGGCGCACGUCGCAUCUCCCUACGCCCAACGUGGCGGCGCCUUUCCCACUGCGUCUCAUGUGGAAGGAUUUGGUGCCAACUCGCCCGUGUACCACUUUGGUUCGCGGGGCAGUCUGAGCGGACCUUCAGGGAACGCCGCUCAACCUUCAGAGCCAUUGUCGGCGCCUGCCCAUGCUGCGUCGCAUGGUUUCGCAUACACCUUCCCAGCGCCGAGCGAAGCCAAUACGCACGGGCACGGUGGCUACGAGCUGGACAACAGACAUCAUCUGGGCGGUGCUGCAAAUAGCGGCUAUCCUUACGGCGCCGAGAUCCAUCCUCCCUACCCUUCACGGGACCAUCUCGAGCCUGCACACAACAGCGCACCUGCCGAGUCCGCUGACUGGCGCUUCGACCCACAUCACGGCGCGCCCCACGAGUAUCAAGACGCACCACGCAGAGUCAGCCAGCAACCGUCGGGCUUCCAAAGCACACUUGCUGCACAUCUCCAAAUGAGGACGCCCACGCUGGCCAAGGGACGCGUCUCGCCGCCCUUGCCCGGCAGCUCGCAUGGUCGUCCAUUCUCUUCGCACGGCGCUCGGCCAGGCAGUGCGGGCGGGCCGCCAAGCGCCGUGUCCGACCGGCCCAUCUUGCCUCCCCUAUCCAGUCUGAGUCGGCCAGGCACUGGACACGGGGGACCCUCUCCUGGAGGCAUUCCACGCAGCUCGCACGGCACUGGCUCGGCUCUGCCGUUUGGUUCAAACCUUGGUGACUCGAGCACCUCAGACAGGCGCCCCGGUACCAGCUCUGCCAACGCAGGUGACUUUGGCACUUCUAGCAGCACCGUUCCCGCCGCUGUGCGCGGUGUUAGUCGCCCUACCUCACGGAGUGGCCUGCUCGACUUGACCUCGCUGCCGAGCCUAGUCUCGCCAAUCGAGCCCCGCCCGGCGACAGGCUCCAACAGCAGACUACCUUCGAGGGCGGGCAUUCCGAGCAGCUCGGCCAACGCAUCUUCUUCCGUCUUUCGCUUCCAGCCACCGCCGCUUCAGCGAGAUGGGCGAGGCGUGCCUGGUGGCAUCUUGGAAAGGCCUGGCAGCUCCUCUGGCCCGCAUGACGUCAAGAGUACUGGCUUGAGCCGAAGCAGACCAGGAAGCUCGAGCGGGCCACGCGGUGGAGUCUCCUUUGACAUUUUGCCACCUUUGAUCGAUCGGGACCGCGACAGGUUCAGAAGAAAAGCCGCUGGCAAAGGCGCUUCGCCCGGUCCAGACGCUAAGCGCUUACGGCCCUCGACGAGCGGCGAGCUGCAUCGUCCGCCACGCUUUGGCGAAUCUUCCUCUCGAGACGAGCCCAGCAUUGCCCCUCCGCCUGCCGAUAUGAUGCAGACUCGUCGCGUGAGCAUCGCAAAUCUCUGCGACGUCCCAUCUCGCUCCAGAUCCCCGCCAGACUUUGCCAACGGCAAGCGCUCGCACCGGGAAGAGUCGAACGAGCGAGAUCAGAGCGAGGAUGAGGAUGAGGACGCUAUGCGCACUCGACCUGGCACGACGAACAGCCUGUUCACAGUUGCUAGCACACCCGCCGCUGAUGAGGAUGAUGACGACAAGGACGGUGUGAAGAAGGAAGAAGCGGGUGAUGACGCUUGAGACGCCGCACGUGCUAAGCUGGACGAUUGCCCACGCUCUUGCAUUGCAAGCACCGAAAGACGCGAUGCGAUGCGAAUUUUUUGCUGCUCUCUUGCAUUUCCGUUCCCUCUCCGCUUUCAUCAGAACAGUACGCGCCGCGACCUUUCCCCCGUUCUGAUGCUGCGCCGAGUCUGCUUUGUCAGACUUGGUUUUUCUCUUUGUAUUAGAAUCAUUCCGCACAUGGCUCCACCAUAUUUGCUGUCAGAGCGCACCCCAUCCACUCAUUCAAAAAAAAAAAAUGUAUCUCGACGACCUCGACCCUGACGGCGCGCUUUUGUGCCAGAGCGGAUCGCUCUCGUCGUUAGCACAUGCGCUGAGCGUGGAG